GAGAAACCUCACAUUGAAAUGCUGCAAAUGACUGGGGCCCCGCGUGCAGUCGCCGCCGGGCUGUGCGAAGCCCGAGGUUGCAGCGCGGACUCUGCGGAACAGGGGCCGGCAGCCCGGGCCAGGGCGCUGCGGAGAGCAUGAGGCUGUGCUGGCUCCCCGUCCUGCUCCUCGCCGCGGAGAUGCCUGCAGUGGAAGGCAAUUGUGGGAGAAACGAGUUCCAAUGCGAAGAUGGGAAAUGCAUCGCCUACAAGUGGGUUUGUGACGGGAGUGCCGAGUGCCAGGACCAGUCUGAUGAAUCCCAGGAGACAUGUAAGUCUGUCACCUGUAACAUGGAGGACUUCAGCUGUGGGGGUCGUAUCAACCGUUGUAUUCCUGAAUUCUGGAGAUGUGACGGCCAGGUAGACUGCGAGAAUGGCUCGGACGAGCAAGGCUGCUCUCCCAAGACCUGUUCCCCAGACGAGUUCCGCUGCCGUGACGGCAAGUGCAUCGCCUCAGAGUUCAUCUGCGACUCGGACCGAGACUGCCUGGACGGCUCGGACGAGGAGUCCUGCCCCCCGCCCACCUGCGGCCCCGCCAGCUUCCAGUGCAACAGCUCCUCCUGCAUCCCCGAGCUGUGGGCCUGCGACGGCGACCCUGACUGCGAUGAUGGCUCAGACGAGUGGCCGCGGAACUGCGGGGGCCGCAACACGUCAGCCAAGCACGGGGACAACCCCUGCUUGGCCAGCGAGUUCCUCUGCCGCAGCGGCGAGUGUGUCCACCGGAGCUGGCGCUGCGACGGCAGCCCUGACUGCAAGGACAAGUCGGACGAGGAGCACUGCGCUGUGGCCACAUGCCGGCCUGACGAGUUCCGGUGCUUCGAUGGGACCUGCAUCCAUGGCAGCCAGCAGUGUGACAGGGAGCAUGACUGCAAGGACAUGAGUGAUGAGCUUGGCUGCAUCAAUGUGACUCUGUGCGAGGGCCCCAACAAGUUCAAGUGCCACAGUGGCGAAUGCAUCACCAUGGACAAAGUGUGCAACUCAGCCCGGGACUGCCGGGACUGGUCAGAUGAGCCCCUCAAGGAGUGUGAGACCAAUGAGUGCCUGACCAACAAGGGUGGCUGCUCCCACCUCUGCAAAGACCUCAAGAUUGGCUACGAGUGCUUGUGCCCUGAGGGGUUCCGGCUGGUGGACCAGCGAAGAUGCGAAGAUAUCGACGAGUGUGAGGACCCCGACGCCUGCAGCCAGCUCUGUGUGAACUCAGUGGGCAGCUACCAGUGCAAGUGUGAAGAGGGCUUCCGGCUGGACCCGGUCACCAAGGGCUGCAAGGCUGUGGACACCAUCGCCUACCUCUUCUUCACCAACCGCCACGAGGUGAGGAAGAUGACGCUGGACCGCAGCGAAUACACCAGCCUCAUCCCCAACCUGAAGAACGUGGUCGCCCUGGACGUGGAAGUGGGCAGCCACAGGGUCUACUGGUCCGACCUGUCCCAAAGGAAGAUCUACAGCACCCAGAUCCACAGAGCGUCCAGCUCCUCCUAUGACACCAUCAUCGACGAGGACCUGCAGGCUCCCGACGGGCUGGCCGUGGACUGGAUCCACGGCAACCUCUACUGGACUGACUCCAUCUUGGGCACCGUCUCCGUGGCCGACACCAAGGGCGUGAAGAGAAAGACCCUCUUCAAGGAGAAAGGCUCCAAGCCGAGGGCCAUUGUGGUGGAUCCCCGUCACGGCUUCAUGUACUGGACGGAUUGGGGGACCCCUGCCAAGAUCAAGAAGGGGGGCCUGAAUGGCGUGGACAUUCACUCACUGGUCACAGAGGACAUCCAGUGGCCCAAUGGCAUCACCCUGGAUCUUUCCAGCGACCGCCUCUACUGGGUCGACUCCAAGCUCCACUCCAUCUCCAGCAUCGACGUCACCGGGGGGCACCGGAAGACAAUUUUGGAGGACAAGAAGAGGCUGGCGCACCCCUUCUCCUUGGCCAUCUUUGAGGAUAAAGUAUUUUGGACGGAUAUCAUCAACGAAGCCAUUUUUAGCGCCAACCGCCACACGGGGUCCGACGUUACUUUGAUGGCAGAAAACCUGUUGUCUCCGGAGGACAUUGUCCUUUCCCACCGCCUCACACAGCCAAAAGGGAUAAACUGGUGUGAGACAGCUUUCCAUUCCUACGGCGGCUGCCGGUACCUGUGUCUCCCGGCCCCACAGAUCAAUUCCUUCUCACCCAAGUUCACCUGUGCCUGCCCUGAUGGCAUGUUGCUGGCCGAGGACAGGAGGAGCUGCCGCCCAGAACCUGUAGUGACCACCCGGGCACCCAACAUGACUCGCUCCACUGUGACCACUCCUGAGCUCACCACCGCCAAGAUGGUGACGAAGACCCAUCAAGCCCCGAAGAGCGGGGAGAAGGCCCCGGGCGUGAGCUCGCUCUACAUCGUCCUCCCCAUCGUGCUGCUCGUCCUCCUGUGCCUCGGGGCCUUCCUCCUCUGGAAGAACUGGCGGCUGAAGAACAUCAACAGCAUCAACUUUGACAACCCCGUGUACCAGAAGACCACGGAGGACGAGGUCCACAUCUGCCCCAGCCAGGACGGCUACACCUACCCCUCGAGGCAGAUGGUCAGGAUGGAGGAUGACAUGGCAUAAGGCGCUGCCUCCAGCCCUGCCCUUCCCCAGAACCUGCUGCUGGUCAAGGGCAGGAAGAACACUUUCUCCCCAAACCCUUGACCUUUCCAAAACCCUUCUUCAGACCUCCGCCACCCUCCCGUUCCGCUCAGAGAAAGAAGUGGCCAAAAGCCCUGCUGGCAGCCGACCUCGACGCUGGCAGCCCCGGGCCUGUCUGCCAGAGCUUUGUUUUAUAUAUUUAUUUAUUCGUCUGGGAGGCAGGCGACAGAGCACGCGGAAUGGGUUUGGACUGAAAUUUUUUCUUGACCUUUUCUCCUCAAUUGGCUCCUCGCCUGAGGAACGAAUGGACGGAGGGACACCGAGCAAGAGAAAGCAAGUGGCUCUAAACCGGAGAGCAGGCGCUGCCCACAGGGUCCCAGGCAACUGCCGAGCCCUGACCUCAGGAGUGAAUGUGUUUACCUCUGCCUUGCAAGCCUCGGUGGACGCCAGAGCCAGCUUCCGCUCUGCCACCCCCAGAUCAGGAUGAGAUCCGUUUCUAAGCCGAGUAUGCGCCCUCUCCUUAAGCCGGGAAAGGGAGUCUGGCACUGGUGUGUGGACAUGGCUGAGUCCAGCACACCGGGGUGGCCAAAUGAGCCCCAUUCAUUCAACAAAACCUCGACAGUUCCCUAGGGAAAGCCUGAGUCACCCUUUGCCCUUAAUAUUUAUUGAGUGCCCGAGGCCCCCGGGUAGCUUGUGUGUGAAGAUAAGUGGCCUCCGACCCCUAGCAGUGACCUCCAGCCCCUGGGGGGCUGUCCGGACCAGCCUGUGACCCAGUGCCAGCCCCUCCCACGUGCCUUUGCACUUUUCUAGUUCAGGUUUGUACAUCCGUAAAGACUACAGUUCUUUAUUUUGCACUGUUUUCUGGUCUGGCUAGGACGGGCUCCCAGGUCUGAGAGGACCCGGGAGUGGAAAGGGGAUGAGGUGCCGUCUCAUGGCCUUUCUCCUGGCACGUCAAAGCCAACAUGUGGUUAUCUGGCUGGUGUUUCUGCUUCUCUGCACAUGUCCCUGAGCCAUUCAUCUCCCCGACAGGACAGUUGUCAGGGAUGGUGUUUCAGCCCUAAGACAUCCGUGGGUGUGGUCCUUAGAUGGGGCUUAGGAAACGAAACUGUCACACGUGUAUUCACAACUGAAGAGUCGGUGGGAGGGGCCCGGGGCUUCCCUGCCAUUGUGCACUACAGACACCAGCCACGGUGCCAGCCCGCGGGAAACUGUGAAAGGUGUUUCUCGCUCUGAAGCCUGUAAAUAGAGCCUGUCCCUAGGAGCGGGGCGUUUGUGUUUGCACUUUGCACAUUUGUUGAAACAUUUACCACUCAUCUAUAUGAAAACAGAUCUAUUUAUUUUUGCAAACCCCGGGUGCUGCUUUGUUGGGUGACCCUCAGGGACCUGCAUCGGGGGAGAGGCCUCGUCUUUCUGUGCAGCGGACCUGCGUGCGCAGCCCGGGCGCUGUGCUCCUCGGGAGACCCGUGUCCAUGCCGCCUGCGUGGGCUGCUCGGGGGGUGGGCUUUGAUUUUAAACCUCUGUACAGAAUGUUUUUAUAGUCUGACUGUCUUACUUUGAUUACAUUUCUUAAAUGAACCAUUUGGCUAAA